GCCCGCGCGCGUGCCAGUGCCACCCAACAUUCGCACUAUUUAUACAGGUCGCCUUCUUCCUCGUGUUGCUCCAGUUCGUGCAGUCGUCACUCAUCGCAAAAGCGAAAGCUUUCCCCUUCCAUCCUUCCUUCCCCUGAGAGAGGAACGGGUACCAGCCACCAGCCACCAGCGAUGGGCUCCCGCUACGAGGUGGAGGUGACCGUGGGCUCUGCCCGGGACCUCAAGAACGUCAACUGGCGCAACGGCGACCUGAAGCCGUACGCCGUGGUGUGGAUCGACUCCGGCGCCAAGACCUCCACCCGCGUCGACCUCGACAACGGCGAGAACCCCGCGUGGGACGAGAAGCUCCUGGUCCCGCUCCCGCCUACCUCCCGCCUCGACGACGCCGUCCUCUACAUCGACGUCGUCCACGCCAACGCCGCCGAGGGCGUCAAGCCGCUCGUCGGAUCCGCGCGCCUCCCGCUCCGCGACGUCCUCGACGACGCCGGGGUCGGGGGCAAGGCCUCGCGCAACCUCCGCCUCAAGCGCCCCUCGGGCCGCCCCCACGGCCGCCUCGACGUCCGCGUCGCCGUCAAGGAGCCGUCCAGGUACUAUGACCCCAACCCUUACCCGGCCCCCGCGGGCUACGCCAACAGCGCGGGUGCUCGUGACCCCUACGGCUCGUCCGCUGCCGGCGGCUACUACGGCUCCGGUGGCGGCUACGGCGGCUCCGGAGGUGGCUACCGCUCCGGUGGCGGCGCCUACGGCAGCGGCGUCGGCGGUGGCUACGGCGCCGCGCAGCCCUACACCGCGGCGCCUCCGGCCGGGUACCCUUCCACCUACGGCUCCGCGCCGCCGCCUCCUCAGCCAGCGUACGGCGCUCCUCCCGUCGCCGCCACCGCCGCCGCCUACGGCGCUCCUCCUGUCGCUGCCACCGCCGGGUACGGAACCGCCGCCGUUGGUGCCGACGGCAAGAAGAAGAACAAGAUGGGGAUGGGGACGGGACUGGCGGUGGGCGCGGCGGCGGGUGUGCUCGGAGGGCUGGCGCUGGCCGGCGGGGCCAGCUACCUGGAGGACAAGUUCGAGGAGCGCGUGUCGGAGCGGGUGGAGGAGAACCUGGAGAGGGAGGACUCGUACGGCGGCGGCUAUGGGGGUGGCUACGACGACUUCGGCGGCGACGACGACUACUGAUCGGACUACCUGAUGGAUCCUCCAAUCAUUUGGCCAGCUGCUGCGCCUUGUCGAUCAUCUACCCUUCUUCACCUUCGUCUUGGUGUUCUAAAUAUAUUUUCUUUAUGAUGAACUGCAAAUUAGAUCAUGUUCUAUUCUAUUUCUAUCUCCCUCCAUCGGUUGCUGUUGAGAUUGAGACUUGAGAUCCUCAUCUGAGGAGUUGAGAAAUGCCGAGUUAAUUAAUCCCAUCGCUAUGUGUAUUUUA